AUGUUACAAAUAUUUUUGCUUCUGUUUAUCUGCACUGUUGCGCCACUCAGCGUUGUGCGCGAUUUCUCAACCACUGAAAAAGCGCCAUUUUCCGCAGAGGCAGGUAUAUUUUCAAAUGAAGAAACAAGCCAGGCAUUUCCAAUGGCUCCAGAUACUGAUUUCGAAGAAGCCAGGGAGAGGACAAGAAUAGGUGACGCUUCAAUUAUUGUCGAUGCUAAACCACCAGGAUUUGAACCUCAGCCUCCUGGUAUUGAAGAGACUUCGGAAAUGUUAAAGAACAAAGAAGAUAUUGCAAAGUUUAGUACCACGGCUCUAAAGGAUUAUCCGACGACAGCUCCUUUAGUAAACACAGAAUAUGCAUCAGUUGACAGUGCUGUUGAAUCGUUUGAUGACAAGGAUUUCCCUGUGGAACAAGAGGAAGCGUCUGGAGAACAUAAAAUUACAACCGGCAGUUCACAUGCAGAUGUUGAGUUUUCUUCACCGAAUUUGGAGGGCUCUGGACAGGAGUUGUUGAAUAGAAGCGUUGAGAAAGUGUCAGGCGAAGUUGGGCAGCAUGAAGUCGGAAAGCGUCCUUGCGAUGCACGCCAAUCUACCGUUGUGGAGGUGGCCGUUACUGAGCAGAUAGUGAAUAACGAAACCACGACUACGCUAGGAUACAGUGACACUUCCUAUGGUGAUGUAACUGACUUCGAGACCACAGUGGACUUAUCUACGGUAAAUUACGACUCUACCGUUGUCCCGCCAGUAACCUCAACGGAGCCUGCGACAGAUCAAUACUCUACGGUGGUUUUGGAGGCAACAUCCACAAUACCCACGACUGAUAUGUUAGCUUUAGAAAGCACUUCUCCUUCCGAACAAGAGCUACCAGGUAGUGCAGUAUUAGCAGUUUCGGUAACCCAAGAGCCAUCCGAAACGACUGCGAUAAUUGCUGACUACGAAGCACCUCACGCUACCAUUUCUGUAUCUGAUAUAACACCUCAAACAACUACAGUUUUGGAGCAAAACUACGACGGAGUGCCCUUAGGAUCCAGCUACGAGAUGUUGCCUCAGACACCUGGCUUCGAACAAGCGCCAGUUCAUCACUCUUCUCUCGACACUCUGACUACCCCUGCAGAUCAGAAACACCUGCAAGACUUUUCUGAAACCGCCAGGGAUGUCGACGUUGGAAACACGAUAUUGAAAGCACCGGAUGUGAAGAAGACCUCCACUUCACGUACAUUGGCAGAACCUAAAACAUUUAAUGGUGAUAACGAUCUCAAUUCCAUUGUCGGGAAGACCGCCCUUGUCGGCCCUCCAGCACAUCGUGCACCUCCUCGACGAGGAGCGGUUGAAGGUUGCCCCGAACCGGGACUUUGCGCUAAAAACUGCUUUGUAUACAUCAACGAAAGAGGAUGCCAAGACUGUCAAUGCCUCUGGCAAGCUUUGUCUUGUGACAUCGACGACGACUGUCCGGAAACGGCGCAGUAUUGCGAUCUAGGAAAGUGCAACUGUCGGCCAGGUAUGCGGCAGGAUAUGGGACGAUCAGGAUUCUGUGAGCUAGAUCCCGAAUUUAAAGGCCCACUUCCAUCAGCGGAUCUCGAACAGAUCGUAAGCAGAUUGAAGCGUGAAGCAUCGAAUGACAUUACGAGUACACGAAAUGACCCAGACAGCAUAUAUCCAGAAGAAAUCCCAAGUGCCACACUUUCAAGGGUAUCAUAA